AGGCGACUGAGGCUCCUCCGCCUCUUCAAACCCACACAUAAACCCUCAAUUCCAUAUCCAAACCCUCACAAUUUCACUAAUUUAGGCGAUUUCACUUUUCCAAAAUCAAAUCCCUAAAAUCUAGGGUUUUCAAUUUCAAUUUCGAGCUAUGGCGGCGAGAAGCGAAUCGGAUCGGAUAAAGGGCCCGUGGAGCCCGGAGGACGACGAGCUGCUCCAGAAGCUGGUGGAGAAGCACGGCCCGCGGAACUGGACGCUGAUCAGCAAGUCGAUCCCCGGCCGAUCGGGGAAAUCGUGCCGGCUGCGGUGGUGCAACCAGCUCUCGCCGCAGGUGGAGCACCGCGCCUUCACGCCGGAGGAGGACGAGACGAUCGUGCGCGCCCACGCGCGGUUCGGCAACAAGUGGGCCACCAUAGCCCGGCUCCUCUCGGGCCGGACCGACAACGCCAUCAAAAACCACUGGAACUCGACGCUCAAGCGCAAGUGCGUCUCCAUGUCGGAGGAGUUCAACGACUUCGACCCCGAGGCGCGGCCGCCGCUCAAGCGAUCGGCCAGCCUCGGGCCGGGCUCGAACCCUUCCGCUUCGGGCUUCUUUUUCAACCCGGGCAGCCCGGACGGGUCGGAUGUCAGCGAUUCGGGUAAUUUUAUGUGUCGGGCUGUUGCCCGACCCGACCCGGUCACUUCGCUUAGCCUCUCGCUACCCGGAUCCGACCCGAGCCCGAGCCCUAGCCCUGAUUUGAGAUCGGUUUCGGAAAUUGACCCCCAAAUUGUGGCGGCUCCUUCGAUUAAACCGGUUCCGGUGGCUAAUCUGCCGCCGCCGCCUCCUCCGCCGCCACUGGUGCCGGCGGCGUUUAUGCAGAAUCACCAAUUUGCCCCCGCUGCGGCGGAGAAGCAGUUUUUCAGCGCAGAGUUUUUGGCGGUGAUGCAGGAGAUGGUGAGGAAGGAGGUGCGGAAUUAUAUGGCGGGAGCGGAGGAGAAGGGAUUGUGUAUGCAGAGCGAGGCGAUUAGGAAUGCGGUGGUGAAGCGGAUGGGGAUUAGCAAGAUUGAUUGAUUGAUUGAAUCGGCGGAGGUUGAAGAAGAUUUUGGGGAUUCAGUGAAGGGGGAAAUGAUAAAAAAACAAAACUUUUUUUUUUGGGAGAGGAAAUGUUUUGGUUUAAUUUGAAGAUUAGUAAGAUUGAUUUCAAUCUUUGGUUAGAGAGGGGGAGAAAUAACUUUGGGGUUGUACAGUAGAGAAAAGGGAGGUGGAAAAAAUGGUGGUGAACUGGUGAUCAAGAAAUUCAGUGAGUUGAUUUUCGAUGUGAGGAAUUGGGGAAAAGAAAGUUUUAAUCUCGUUAAAUUCAAUAUUUACAUUUUCUCUGCUGUUCAA